AGUCUCAGCUUGUGAUCGCAAUUACAUAUAAUAAAAUUUUCAGGACUUUUCAUCAUGGAAGCCUAUUCUAGUUCUUAUUCCUCGUCAUCCAAUUCUUCAUACUUGACCCAAAACAACCAUGAGGACUCAAAAGGGUACGUGAAACAGCAAGUGUACCCUCUUCAAAAUCACAAUUCGUGGCUCCGUUCCGUGAGAAAGACACCAGCAAAGCCGUGGAAGAAGGCACCAGUGGCACCAAUGCCACCAACACCGAUCAAAGUUUACAAAGUGGACGCUAUAAACUUCCGUGACGUGGUUCAGCAGCUCACAGGUGCACCCGAGCACGAGUCCCAGCAGCAGCAUCUCCAAAUCAAAAUCGCACGUGCUGAAUCUGCUGAUGCUCCUAAUGUGCCACCGAAGCAAAACCAAUCAGGCGGAGACACGUGCGGUAAAUGGUACCAGGAGUUUCUCUUAGGAAUGAAUUCUCCGGAGACUAAUACUAAUAAUGAUGGAGCAAUGGCACCGGGUUUUCUAGGAAUGAAUUUGCUCUCACCAAAUUCGUAUAGUAAUUUCUGUUUCUUUCCUCCUUUGAGCCCAAGCGGUGUCACCAGUUUGGAACCAGGGAAGGUUCUCUAGGCCUUUUUACAAGAUUCUAUAUGCUAUAUUGAUAUGUACUUCUGUUCCAUUUUCUACUUUGUUUUUUAGUUUGUUACUGUUAUUACAGUUAAAUUAUUAAUCGGAAAACCUUCAACUUUUAUUAUCA